GGCAACUCCCCAUUUUUCCACAUUUAUAAGCUACUUAUCCAGGUCAUCCAUCCAUUUCAUCCAUCGAGCUUCGCCACACUUCAAUCUUCUUCGUUCCAGAGAAGCCUAAAGGUUCAGUGUAAUUUCCUGGAGUUGUCUGAUCCGAAGCUUUGCACUUCUGCAAUUGGGAAUGCUGUUGGCCAUGGCUUGUUGAUUCUAUAGAAAGUGUGAGUAUAAAAACAGGAAAACUAAUGAAUCAUAACCUGCAAAGUUUCUUGGAAACUUUUCCUGGUAUUUAUUCCGGGGCAAUGGUUGGGAUGAGUCGUGGUAGUAAUACUGCUUCUUUGCCAACAUUUCCCGGCAGUGAGAGGGCAAGGGAAUCUUUUUCUUCUAGAGGGCAAUUCUGUGUUACAAGCCCUGCUUCUGGUUUAAAUUUUUGGAGCUCAAAUAUGCAAUCGAAAUCAAAAUCGGCUUUUGAAUGCUUCUCAGCUAAGUAUGCAACUCCUUCUGUGAGUGGGUGUCCUCGGGUCUUCUGCAUGGGAAAAAGUGGCCAUCUUCUUCUAAGCAAUACUGGGCAUCUUGGUAUUGUUUGCUCAUGUCACUGUUGCCACAUGUCUAUACUCAAGUUUUGUGAGCAUUCAGGGUUACACGGUGUCAACCCGGGGAAUGCUGUUCGCAUGGAAAGCGGAGAGACCAUUGCACAGUGGCAGAAGUUGUAUUUCUUAAAAUCUGGGAUUAUAUCUUCGGGAAAUGAGAGUGAAUGGGACUGGCCAGAAGUAUUUUCAACAACCAGCCAUCUGAUGAAAUCCAAUGCAUCUGCAUCUGAUAUGUCGAAGGGUGAUUUCUCAAAUAUUCUCAAUUCGGCUACAGUCACAUUAAGAAAACAACCGAUAUCAAACGAGGAUGGUCACAAUAUUCCACUCAAGGGUUUGAACGCUUUUACGCAGAACAACCUGUAUGACCAGGUGAAAAGCCAGAUAAUGAAAUCUAAUAUGGCUAUUUGUACACCUGCACCAAACUUCGUUGGAGCUCAACUGAAUGAUGGUUGUCAGCCUAUACCUCCUUUCCUUGAUUCUCUGAAAAGCAAUGAAUACUUGCCAAUUACCCAGUCUACACAAAUUCCAACAAACCUUCUAAAAGAGCAUGAAUGUAUCAAAAAGAAGAAUGUAAAGACUGGUCUACUAGGAAAAGAUGUAACUUCCUCUAACAUUGAGCUUAGGCUUGGUCAACCACCUUGGGCUGGAAAUCUAGUUGAUUCGUUUGUAGAAUCACCAUUGUUUACCUUUGCCAGUUCUCCGAAACUGCAUUCCCUGAUGCAGAUGACUAAUAACCUUAGCAGGGAGGAGGAAUUACAAAAUAGUUUUAGUCGUGCUGCCGGUUCAUUCGAAAUGCCCCUAAACUAUAUGUCUGGAUGUAGUAUUAAUUCAGAUGCUGCUAUAGCUAGUUCACAAACUGACAAUGUGGCCACGAGUUCAUUGUUUUUACCAUUUCCACAAUUUAGUUCUCAACCCAAGGGGACAACAAAUGCUUGUAAAAAUUUGGUGAAUGGUGGUAUAAUGCCCAUGAACCUGCAUUCUGAAUACGAUACUGUGCAAUUUGGUUCUUCUAAUGUUGACUGGAAUAGUAAUGGUCACAAAGGAAGGCAAUCAAAUGAUUCUGCACUGGAAUUCAAUAAAUAUUUGGACAAUGAUAAUGGUGAAAGGUUUGGUGAAGAUUCCUGUACCAAAGUAAAUUCUGGAUUUGAAGUAAAUCAGUUCAUGGAAUUUGGCUCUAUCAGAAGAACUAUUGAUGGUAGUGGUAGCUGUACUCCAGUUGUUAAUAGAAAGAUAUAUGAAUCAAGCUUUCCAUCAGAUACAUCCGUGGGUGCAAAUGCUUUGCUAGCCUCAAAAAAUGUAUCUUCUUUUGGACGAAACAAUCAUUUGACUUUGGGGACAGUUGUUCCAUUUGUAGGAAAUUUGAAGAGUCUUCCCUAUCCUGUUUCAAGCUCUGCAUCAAAUCAAAAUCCUACUUCACUGCAACAACAGGGUAUUAAUAUGGAUACUUGCAUGAUUGAUGAAAAUACGAGGUUGCUUCCAUUGACCCAGAUGCCGGAGUCAUCCAAGCAACAACAAGCUUUGUAUUUUCAUGAUAUGAAUCAAAAGCUAGGGAAAUCAGGUAUUGCAGAACCCCAGAACUAUAUAUACAAGGCUUCAGUACCUGAGCUGGGUUCUUCUGGUGCAUCAUUGAAAUUUCCCCAAAAUAGGGGGACUUGUGGGAAUCUUGAGAUUACUGAUGGUUUGAACAGAUAUUGUGAUUUCUCUGCCUUAACACCAACACCUUUACAAUCUAAACAAAAGGAAUCGCAAUGUAAAAAUUCCUACGAUCUUCAAAAUGAUGGGCCGUAUUUGAGCCUUGGAAUGACCAGAUCAAGUAGAAAAUGCUCUGAGAAACAAUCAGAUGUAUAUUUGUUAGGCAAAUAUGUUAGUGCUGCUCGAGAAAAUUGUUGCAGAAACAAUGUUUGCACUGGAAUUGGACCCUCUUGUGAUACUGCAAAAGAAAAGUAUGCAGAUGUUAAUGGUGUGACCUCUUUUAAGAUAGCUUCAGAGUGUGGUAGAGAUCAGAAUGCUCCGAAGAAUAAAAAUAUCUACUUCGAUCCAAGUGGAUUAGGUUCUCAUGGCACAGUAAAAAAUGGCUCUCAUACACCUCAAUGGAGAGAUGUGCCAAGCAAGAUCAGGAAACCAUCACGUGAUACAACACUUUUAGAUCAGAUGGCUACUGUAUUUGAAGGACAAGACGGUGCUCAAGUGGGAAACAUUUCUGCCAAACCUUUGGAAAAAAUUAUUGGUACGGAAGCCUUGUUGAAAGAGCAGGAUUUUUUUUAUGUUUCUUCUGGAUGUUCUGCUCCCGUUGUUUAUCAGGCCUCUGUGAUGGAGGCGAACAAGGUUAAUUCUUAUACUGUAGAUCCUACAAAUGCUGGUUGUAUUGAGAAACUUGUGCGUGACGAGGGGUCAGGAAUUGAUAAAGGCUGGUCAUCUGAUUUGAUUGAAAGUGAAAGAAGUGCCGAGUUUGCAGGCUCAACCAUUGGGAGUGACUUGAAAAAAGGUUAUCUGAGAAUCCUAAAUGAUCAACCAUGCCAGAGUCUCCUUGAUGAUAUUAAACUGUUGGAUUCUUUGAUUUGGAAGAAAAGGCAGGACCAAAAUCAUAUAAUAGUUAGUGCUGAUUGUAGAACCAAUCCAUCUCAAAAAGUCAAGGGCUUUAAAGGAAAAAAGCAAAAGAGAAAUGAGGCAAGAAUUCCGGAUGCUUCAUUGCUUCCUGGAAUCUCUUCCUCAUCUGACAACCAGAAUGGUACAAGUGCUGGAGCUUUUGAUCCCCCUUCUAGUUUAUCUGAAGAAAUGCAAUUUUACCAUUCAACUAGCCAGCAAAGAUCAGCUAACAAGGCUUAUAUUGUUCAACCUAAUACUAAUCAUAAACUCUCUUCAUUUCCAUCUGAAUUUCCCUCUUGUAAGAAUCAUCUAAACAAGCGUUACAACGAUGAAGAUAGCUAUGAGUCAGAAUCAAUUUCAGAUGUGGAGUUUCACACGUUACCUGGAAUUUCUAGAAUGAAGAAAUCAAGGAAGGAUUUAGCUUCUGAUUUCUUCGGACAAUUUCAAACUCAAGAAACAUCACAUGAGGAACCUAAUAAUGCUAAGCAAAUAUCAUCUUCUAGCAGAAAAGGAAGUGCUCAUAGAAUCAAAAGGGUAGUAGUGUGUGGAAAGUAUGGGGAAAUAUGUAGCGAAUUAUCAAUUACAGAAGUACCAAAACCAGCAAAAAUUGUCUCCCUAAGCGAGGUCCUUAGAACUUCCAAAAGAUGUAGUAUGGUCCCACCAAUUGAAACACCCAGACUAACUACAAAAAAGAAAUGGAGGAGAUUGGGCUUUGGAAAAAGUUUGGGGCAUAGCUGUACAAAAUCUGGUUUAAAAGCUAAGAAGGAUGACAAACCUGUAGACACAAUAGUUUGCAAUGAAACAAUUUCUAUGGAAGGUUUUGAGAGUGGCAACAAGCAAAAUGUUUACAAACAGAAGAAAGAUACCAACGAAUGGCAGAGUGAUAUUGUACAUAGGGCUUAUUCUCCAUUGAAGGUUAAGAGCAGAAAAAUUCAGAAACUGCGCAGCAUUAAUGAAAUUACUGCUAAAGAAACCCAAAUGCUGGAUAUUUUGGAGUAUGCAGAAGAUCACGAGCUUGAUUUGUGUAACAAAAGAAGUAAAAUCUCUGUUCAAGAACACACAGACAUGUCCUUCAUUAAUUCAGAUUCUUUCUGCUGCGUCCGUCGAAGGCCAAUCAGUGAUGAACUUAACAGUUCAUUGAAGUGUAAUAAAUGUCUAAUUAAAGUGCAUCAGGAUUGCUAUGGUAUUAAAGCAUUGCCCGAACGAGGUUGUUGGUGUUGUAGACCAUGCCAAACAAAUUCAAAAGAUAUUAACCUGUUGCUAAAUGAAACUGAGGGAAUUAACGACGAGAAAGUUGAAUUUUAUGGAAGAUGUGGGCUUCAUGGUAUUGGCCCUGAAUGUCAGUCUGCAUAUGAUCCUACCGAUGUGAUGGGCAGUCGAGCGGAAAAGGAAUUUACCUGUGCUAGGGCAGAGGGUUACAAGGGCCGUAGAUGGGAUGGUAUCUAUAAUAAUCAUUGUAGUGCCCUGAAACGCCGGGGUGGAUGCCUUAUUCCGGACGAACAGUUGAAUGCUUGGAUUCACAUAAAUGUGCGAAAAUUGCGUUCACAAGGAAUUCCAAAAUUUCCAGAUUCAGAUAUUGAGCAUGAUCCUCGGAAAGAAUAUGCUUGGUACAAACAAGUGAAGGGCUGGAAAAAUCUUGUUGUAUACAAAUCUGGGAUACAUGGCCUUGGUCUUUAUACUUCUCAGUGCAUAUAUAGGGGUAGAAUGGUUGUAGAGUAUGUCGGUGAAAUUGUGGGACAACGUGUGGCUGAUAAAAGAGAGAUUGAAUACAUAUCUGGAAGGAAACUUCAGUACAAAAGUGCCUGCUACUUCUUUAAGAUAGACAAAGAACAUAUAAUUGAUGCCACGAGGAAAGGGGGGAUCGCUCGAUUUGUUAACCAUUCAUGUCUGCCAAAUUGCGCGGCAAAAGUGAUUACCGUCAGGCGUCUGAAGAAGGUUGUCUUCUUUGCGGAGAGGGACAUAUUACCUGGUGAAGAGAUUACUUACGAUUACAACUUUAACCGAGAAGAUGAUGAAAAGAAAAUUCCAUGUUAUUGCAAUUCAAAAAAUUGCAGGCGCUCUCUGAACUGACUGCCAUUUUGAAAAACCCAUGAGGCAUGAGUCGUUAAAUUGUUAAAUUUUACAUAAAGCUGAACAUUUUGUUGUGUUUAUGACUCUUACACAUGUUGCCUCUUUACAUGGGCAAAAGUUCAGGUGUUUGGGAUUCAUUUAUGACAUCACCUGAAUGAUAAUGAAAUCGUUGUAUGAAAAAGGACACCGAGGUAUCAAAUCAAAUUUGAGCACAGUUGUUUUUUCUUCCCCCUGAAA